GCGGCUUUUCAAAUUAGUAGAUCCCUAGGUUGGGGUUGCUAUUGUAAUAUUUUGCAUUACGACGAUGCUUCAUAUAUUGGCUUAAUAACUCCUAAAUAACAGUGAUAUGGCCUGAGUGGAGUGAACUAUUAAUGGUGUUAAUUGGUUACUACCUGUUUACCAUUCAUUACUAUUGAUAUAUUCAAAUGGAUUCAUCAGAAAAACGAAGAUUAAAUAAACUGUUAAGAAAGCCUUCAUCAUCAUCGCUUGGAAAAGCUCUAGGUUUGAGACAGAAGUUGUCUCGUAAUUCACAAAAGCAAGCCAAAUGUGCAUCUGUUGUAUCUGAAAAGGUACCCAAACAGGAGAUUAAUGUUGAUGUUGCUACUUUGUGUGCUGAGAUGUGUGGUGUUUCUAACCUAUCACAAUCUGCAGCUAAUCUUCUUCAGAAACACCUAAAUCAAAUAGCUCGACUUUUAAUUCAUGAAGUCCUUCGAGUAAUGGAACAAAGUCGUCGAGGUGUCCCUCAAGCGUCCGAUAUUGAUUUGGCUUCAGUUUUGAUCGGACUUGAAGCAAGUUUUCACAAUAACUAUUUCAUAAUGAAAUUUGUAUGGUAAUUUAUUCUUACGAACCUGUACAAGUGUAAGGUUAACCGAUUUAAAUGUGACUGCUCAUAGUUAUUGUCGAGUAAAUAUUCUGUGCCUCUGUAAUUGUAAUACUAAUUUGGAUAGAUUUUCUACUGUCAUAUAAAUUUUGUAACUGAUGCAUUGGUUCAUGCCCUAGAUUUUUUUUGGGCCGUAUGCUGUGUCUUGUAGAUACUACUUGCAUGUCAAACCGCAUUAAGUAAUGAGUAUUCCAAACAAACACGCUCAUUUUCUUUGAAUACAUGGUUUUUAACUUCACACUUGUGGUAUGACUGAUUUGAAGACUAAAGAGAAUAUUAUGAUGUUAUUUGAAAAGGACUGAACUAUAUUACCCACGACUUUCAGAAAGCAUAGUUUUUCUCUUCUCUAGAGUUAUCACUCAAAUCAUUUAGAUUGAAAACCAAAUCCCACGAAAAGUACAUCACACUGCUGUAGUUCUGAGUGUGCAAUAUUUUUAUAAUCCUGUUAUUCCAGUCUAGUAGUGGUAAAUCAGAUGACUGAAAUUGUCAGCCACAUUGUAUUUUCUCCAUGCUGAUAUAGUCUCGAUCCACCAACUUCAGACUUAUUUUCUUUUAACAAAACGUAAAGAUUAUAGUAACAUCUGGUAGUAAACUCAGUAUUUACUUGGACAUAAAAACUGGUGCUAAACGUAUCAGUAUUCUGUUUAUUAUUAUUAUUAUUAUUAUUAUUAUUAUUAUUAUGAGCUAUAGUUAUUAGAGAGGAAACGUAUUUAUUUUCACUGUUUUCAAAAUAUCAGUAACCAGUGCCUAAGUUAGUUAUUUUAAAUUAGGACUAAUUGUUGAUUGACAUAACCAAACGAAUGUACGCAGACUUUUUUACCCUGUCUUUGUACACAUCUACUUGCUUCAAGUUUAUUUUCAAAAAGUCCAUCAAAGGAUCAAAUAAAUCAAUACAUUUCCGUGACUGGAAUCCCUCAAGUUUGGAAGUCUUUUUUGAAAUACAGGUUGCCACCAAUUUGUGGUGUUGUGGCUGGUUCUACGUCAGGCCCAUAUAAUUUAUCCUAGCUUCUGGACAAACCAACUUAUCCAUUCUCCUCAAUCUACAUUUUGACCUUGUUAAUUAUUCGCUUGUCAACCUUGACUUUUUAUAUGAGAGUGUGUGUGUGUAUUUCCUCUUACUCACCACGUCUGUAACUUAUUUUUAUCUGAAUAUAAAUAUUGAUUCACCCUUAAGUAAGUGGAAUUGGCUCACAUGCUUUUCCUACCGCGCGUCAUUUCGCUCUGCUCUCUUCCCUUCGCUUCCUUCGACUAGUUUCUCUAAUUGUCUGUCUAGAUCAAUGAGUGUACAGAAUAUACGUAUUCAAAAACCUAUUCUCGUAUUUAUCUUAAUUCCGUUAUUCACGAACGCGAUUCAAGUCGAUCAUUAUAUACGAGUAUUAGCGACAUGUAUAUUCCAAUAACAGUCAUUCACACGAUACAAUUAAUGUCAGGUCUCCGGCCACAAAAGUUGUUCUUCAGAUGGUUGAAAGUUUUGUUUAUAUUUAUUCAGUGAUGGCAUCAUGGAAUGUUAAAUUUCAUCCAGUAUACAAUACGUUCACUUUUAUUUAUUCUUUAGAUAUCAUUUAUUGUCAUCUAGAAUCAUGAAACAUAAAAUCAUGGACUCUUAUUAAUAUAAGCCUACAUCCUUGUUAUUUAUUGUUUAUUUUAUUUGAACACAUAAAUAUUGGUACAAGAGGGUACCAAAUAUAUAUGUGCCACACAAAACAAUGAAAAUUCGAAGAGAAAAAAACAAUAACGAAGAGAUUGAUGUAAGGUGGUGUAAUGAUAAUAAUAAUAAUGGUAAAAAUGGGGGAACGGAAAGGUACAAUCAGAAGAAAUCUUCCAGUUAAAGAAGACACAACCACUUUUUAUGAAGAAAGUAAAAGAAGGUUACAGCAAGAUCGCCAUUGGCUUCUAUUCUGAGCCAUAUCUGAUAACGUCUCUAGCCACUGUAUUGUACCAUCUCUAGGACCCCAGCCAGGGAGUCGUGAAGGACCAACACAGGCUAGCCCUUUGCAGCUUUCUUUCAUGCUACGACACCAUGUCAUAUACUGACCACCUCUCCGCUUUUUCCAACCAGUCCCAGAGACGGCAAACAAUGCACGACGUGGAAUUCUCAGGGACGACAUUCGUAGAACAUGUCCAAGCCACUGAAGUCGUUGUUUCAAAAUGGUCCUUAACUCGGAGACGCCAGGUUUCACAAGCAUAGAGCAAAACUGCUCUCACCGACGCGUUGUAGAUCCGACCUUUUACAGCCAGACUAACAUCACGAAGGCGCCAAAGAUGACCCAGAUUGGCAUAAGCCGCUCUGGUUCUCACUAUACGUGCAUUGAUCUCAUCACUCACACUCCCACCAGCACUUAUGCAGCUACCCAGAUACACGAACUUCUCGACUACUUCUAUCUGCUCACCGUCCAGGGUGAGUACAGGAUUAGGAUCCUGACAGUCUUGUAGAAGUACUUUGCACUUGGAAGGUGCAAAGCACAUACCAUACCUACGGACACUGAUUGUCAACUGAUUAAGUGCGGAUUGCAUGCCUUGGGCAUUAUCGCACAGUAAGACAAUAUCGUCCACAUACUCAAGGUCGAGAAGUCUUUCUCCAGGCAACAGAUCCACACCACCAUUACUUACAUUCAUCAGAGCUGUUUCCAGAAUGUCAUCGAUGGCAAAGUUGAAGAGGAAUGGUGAGAUUGGGCAACCCUGUCUAACCCCACUGCUCGAAUGGAACAAUGGAGAGAGGUGGUUGUAUGCCCUCACUCUGCCUGAGGUGUUUGUAUAUAGGGCCUUCAGGAUGUCAAUAAAGUUCUCAGGCACAUCCUUCUUCAAUAGACAAUCCCAGAGAACAGUCCUAUCCAACGAAUCGAAGCCAGCCCUGAUGUCAAGAAACACUACGAUUGUUGGCCUUUGAUAAGUAUGGCGAUGUUCUAACAUUUGGCGGAGGGCGAAGAUAUGAUCAAUACAUCCUCGACCGGAACGAAACCCAGCCUGCUCCUCGCGAGUCAAUCUUUCUGGGAUUUUGAACAACCUACGAAGUAUGACGGAAGCCAAUAGAUUGGACGCAAUCGGAAGUAGACUUAUCCCUCGAUAGUUGUUACAGGAACGGGGUGAACCCUUUUUAAAGAUAGGGACAACUAUCGACUCAUUCCACGACGUUGGUACACUCUCGAGCUCCCAGACCUUUGUAAACAACGUCGUCAGUUGCCUAGUCAGAAAGUCACCACCAUCUUUAAAAAGAGUCGGAGGUAAGUCAUUUGGGCCAAGUGAUUUGUAGCGCUUCAAGAGUUGGCGUUCCUUGCGGACUUCCGCCUCAUUUGGUGGAUCAGUCGUCACCGGCCAUGGAGGGCAGGACAGUCUGACCGAUGUUGCCGGAGCAGCAGGCCAGUUGAACUGUCCUUCGAAAAAUUCUGCCCAUCGUCCAAGACGUCAAUGGAUGUUAGUGAUUGGCAUCCCAUCAUCCUCGUAGAUUGUUUCGCUCACACUAGACUUCUUGCUGCCAGUGGUUCGGAUGGAUUGGAAGAGCUUCCGGUAAUUACCGGAUGCAGCUGCUGCUUCCAGCUCAUUAGCACGCUCCGACCACCAGGCUUCUCGGUCCUUACGCAAGCUUUGCCCAAUUUCCUUACGUAACAUCCUUCGUUUAUGGUCAAACUCACGGUCACCCGGAGUAGACCGACGGGCUUCAAUGAGUUGUAAGGAACCUGAAGAAACUCAGUGCUUAUAUGCGGGACAUUUCGCGAACCCACAACUGACUGUACCCGCCAUUUUCAUGGCGUCAUGCAAUUGCAACCAAUGCUCAUCUAUACUUUUCGGUGGAAUGGUAGCUAGCCUAGAAGCUAGCUCGAUUGGAUACUUACUUGCAACAGAAGUUGCAACCAGCUUGCUGAUAUCAAUCCGUUGAUGGCGGUCACUUCGUUGGCCACUGAAAAGUAAGGUAAGAUUGGCGCAGACCAAAGCAUGGUCAGAGUCCAGAUAGGUACUCCAAAAGGAGCGGCAGUCUUGUACACAACCACGCCAGCGGUAGCUGAUCGCGAUGUGAUCAAUCUGAGUUCAGGCUUGAGAUGCAGAGGGAGGACGCCAGGUGGCACAUCGGCAAUGACUGUGCCGAAAGUUAGUACCAGCCAGAAACAUGUUGUGGUCUGUGCACAGUUGCGGUAGGCGGUCCCUGUUAUCUAUCCUGUGACCAACAAGUCCCCAUCGGUCACUUAAACGACUCUUUUCUGUGCCUAGACGCCCGACCUGAGCAUUCAAGUCUCCGGUUAGUACUACAAUAUCUGUCGAACGCACUUUCUGGAGAAGAACAGAUAACUGGUGGUAAAACUCAUCCUUGAUUGCAUCCGGGCUGCAAUCUGCCGGGGCAUAGGCGGAGAUGACGAAAAGACAUCGUUUCUCACACCGAUUUCUUCUCACUUUGAUGGAACUCUCUAAUCUAACAGCACAUAACCGACUGUUAAUGAGGAUCCAAUCGAUUAGUGCCGCCUCAGCUCUAGCGGUUAGUGCGACACCAACGCCAGCAAGACCAGACGAAAAUGCCACAGGGUCCCCGGAUAAGCGCACGUAAAACAAGCUUUUCGAAGCGACAGGUGAAGAGCGAAUUUGUAGUACUUCACCAGAGUCUUGAAUACGGGUCUCGGAUAGAUAACAAACGUUGAUAUUAAGACUUUCUAAAGACAUAGCCAUCCCUAUCUGUUGUUCGAGCUGCAUUAGUGUGUGAACGUUGAAGGCAGACAGCUUGAAUGGCGCACGUGGUUUCAGAAAAGCUGUUUUAGUAUUCGUAUUUGGUGGUAGCAUUCAAUUUUCAACCAGGCAGUGACUCGAGAAUGUUUAGAUACAGUCGAGUUUCCACCAUAGGAGAGCUGCUGUAUAAAUCGAAAAAUAAGGAUACAUAAAGUGGGAAUAAAAGUGAGUGAAUAAGUGACGUCGUAAAUAAAGACAAUAAUAAUGUGAAUUGUUUGACUGUUAAUCGAAGCGUGAAUAGAAUUUUCAGUAAAUACGAUCCUUAUCAUUAUAUUUUGUGUGGGCUGUGAUACUGCCCGGGUGCCCAGACCGAAGCAGGUGGUUAUCUUAGGGGGCCACACCCCGAGCCUUUGACCUAAAGGUAUGACCCACAAGGCAGUGGAGCAUCGUGAGGAGAUGCAGUCCUAUAUGGGCUACCAUAUGGUAGCCGGUGACCAACGAUUGGUUCAUACUUCAUUUGUUCCCGCAGGAUACUGGAGCCCAUGUGCAUCAUUGGUUUGGGAUCCGGUUAAAGCACCGGACAUUCGCUUUUCGUCCUCUCAUUUUCAUGAACAACAGUUAUGCCACGUGAAGGCAGUUAGUAGGAAUUCCCAGGCAGAGGCUGUAUACGCGUGGCCAUAUGAAAGCAUUUCGAGAGGGAGGGCGGACCCACCCCACUCUCGUCCAUACCAGGGCAUUUGGGGGCAUACAUCCUUGUUCUUCUCUACCAGUAUAAGUAGUCUAGUUGGUGGAAAGCUGUAACGACUAUUCAUUGAAUAUGUAUCAGUUUAAUGUACAGGUUUACUAAAUUUUUAUUUUAUACCAAUACUGUUAUAAUAUUCCCUUUAAAUACCCCAGGCAAUUUGGUUAUUCGUAUUAAUUCCUUCCAACCUAGUCGUUUCAUAAUUAGUUUCAUUUCAGUCCUCGUUUUUACCAAAUUUUCUUAAUCAGAAAUAGGUAUUUCUGAGUAAUAUUAUUAUUUCCCCAACAGAGUCCUUUCGGAACAACUACCGCAAAUUUUCUCCCAAUUCGUACGGGUGGUCGUACCGCAAGUUCAGGUCCUGGUGGCAAAGUUUUUUUCAUUCGACCAGAUAAAGAAAUCGAUGUCAAAGCUUUAUUACUUCGUGAACCAGCAGGUGUUGUCUACGAUGUUAGUUUAGUUGGUAAGCAGAAUUUAUGCGAUCUGAGACACGUGAAUAGAUUGACUGGUUUUUUGUUAAUGUAGACCAACUAGUAUGUGUAGUCGGUUGGAAUGGUUGCGUUUGAGUUAGUUUUACUUUUAGGCGAUUUUUAUACUUGUUUCUAAAAAUUGCGCAAAUCUGAAAAGUACUUAAGCUAUCUUCAAUCAAUCAAUGUUUUUAGAAAGUCGACAAAGGAGUUUAGACAUCUAUUAAUUUGUCCUUACCAAGCUAGAUCAGUCAACUUAUUACUCAUAUUGCACCUUUUUCAAAGAGUUCAAGGAUUUCAGGUUGACUGGUAUCCAUGCAUAUACCAUUUAGUUUCAGUAAUCAAACUAACCUCAAAAGUGGAUUCGUCACAUUUCCGUCUUCUGGUUCCAUUCAAAACUUUAGUGGUCUUGAACUAUAAGGAUCUAAAACCUUGUUAAAAGGUUAAUGUAGUAGGGAUCCGCCGUACCAGUUAUUUUGUUUUUUAUGUUCUUUCCCUCAAUUUAUAAUUCGUCACAACAAACAACCAGUCAUUGUAUAUCAAGCAAUGUGGUCCUUUCUAUUACAUUGAUGAUCGAAGUUUUUGUAUCAAAUUAUGCUGAUUUUGAUCAGUUUCAGUUGUGUUAGUUUUUGGUGGAGUUUUGUUCUUCGAGCUGGGUGGUUUAAUCGCGAAGCUUUCUUGAUCCUUCUGAAAAACAUCGGUAAUACAAACUCCAGAUAGAACUGAGCUAUUUGAAUUUCCCCAUAGGCAUUUCUCGUGAGUCAGACCGAAGGUCCUGGGUCCGACCCCUCGUGGUGGGGUCUUGGCUACUCACUGCUGAGGAGCCCCAUGCUAGGAAAAAACAGCUAUCCGUUGCUAUCAGGUUUUAAAGAGUUAUCUAGCUUAGACCGAUUUUUAAUCUUAAUGACGCUCAGCAAUCUCCACAAACUUUCACGCAGAUCGAAUUGUUCUUAUCAAUCACUAUAUAAAACAUGUUUAUAUACUGUAGAUCUGAUUUAGUCAUAUGAAGUAAAACAUAUUCUUACAUUGUGAUUCACUAAAUAUAUAGAUAUAUAUUUGUAUUACUUCAUUUCAGCUCAUUGGUUGUCGGUAAAUGGAAAACAGCCUACAUCACCACAGAAUCCGCCACCGGAUUUUUUAGCAAGGAUGGCUUUGUUAAAUAAUUCAUUUGGAUCUCACAAUAAACAAAAUAAACGACCGAUUAGUCACAAAAAAGAUGAUGAUAUAAAUUCAUCAGUUGAAAAACAUCCUAAAAUUGGUAUACAUAGUAGUAACCGAGAUAAAUUAGAUUUAUUAUCAGGAUCUCAUCCAAGAAAAGUUUUAGCAGUGUCUGUCGAACGUCGUUCUCAUGAAAUCAGUCAAGAGGUGAUGAUUUACUUUCGUGAAUUAACUGAGGCAUGUGUUGGUGCUAAUGAAACUCGACGACAUGAGGCUUUGGACAAUGCUACAUUAGAUCCAGGACUUCAGCCAAUAUUACCUCAUCUUAUGACAUUCAUUACAGAGGGUGUAUGUUUUUGCUUGUUAUUUUUAAAAAGUAACUUUAAUAAACAUUUUAUAUACUCAAUUCAUUGAAACAGUCCUUUAGUUUUCAAAACACUAAGGUAUUAACACUAAGUAAUCUACCACUAUCAGCGAAAAUGAUGCGAUAAUGAGGACUGGUUUUCUAUUGACUAAAAGUUGGACUUGAAAGAAUUGUGAUUCUUAUCCAGUGAGUGAAUUAUACGUUCUCUUGAUUCCACUGCAUAUUUUCAUCACCUACCGUUGUUCUAGGUUUCAGCUCCUCUGUUGGUUUGGAUGUAAAGUUAUUUAGCAGAUAUAUCAAGACAUUGUAGAUAGCUAAAUGGGGCGACACGUUCUCGAUUAUUACUGAUAAAUCAUCACCUUGUUUCCCCAUUCUUACCCCAUUAAUUUCCACGGUAAUGUUGUAAGUGUUAGUUUUUGCCUGUCUGUUUUUGUAUAAUUUACUCCAUACCUUCGCUAAUCACAUCUUCUAUGGCUGGUCUUUCCUAUUGUCUCUAAUACUGUUUCUACUUUAAUUACUCUGGGACUUGCCUUGACAAUUUCGUAUCUCUGUGCUAAUGAAGUGUUCCAACUCAAACCAAUGUAUGGAUGUGCCAGGUUCUACGCUGCGUAUGACUGACGAUUGAUGAAGCACAACUAUUGAAUUUAUGGUUUUCUGUUUAUAUGAAGUUAGGGGUCAAUGGGCAAUAAUCAGCUGUUAAACGCUACUUGAUUAGUUUCUUAUAUAUAAAAUAGGUACAACUUGUAGCUUAAUAACUAAAGCUAUACGUUGGGACUUAGUUGCAGUAUCUUGUUACUCACUUAUGUUUUGGCAUUUGGGUUAUGUAGAAUAAUAGUUUGAGACCGAACAACUCCGUAUUUAUUAUAUAAUUUAGCAAUGCAAUCAUCCAAUCUCACUAGUGAUAAGUAUCUUACUUUUGACAUAUUUGUCAACUAAACUCACCAAACGGAGAUUUAUAUGCUUGGCUUGCCACACUCAAAAUGUAAGCGCUGUACAUCUAUCCGGAUCGAAAAAGAUACAAUGGUGUUUAAACCCACAAGUUGGUGGUUAAAAGUCGAAUUUCAACCAAUGAGUCAUCGCUCCAUCUGUUCUAUAAGAUGUAUGUUUCAUUGUUAAUUUAUAGUUAAUAGUUGAAUGGUUUCCUUUUUAAAACUUAUUUUUUAACUAGUUAACAGUCAACCCAAUUCUCUCUUAUUGCUAUAAACCGACCUAAGUUAAAAAACCAUUAAAAACCUGGGGGCUCCAAAUGAGUGGUUUAUCCUAGUGUGGGACUCCUCAGCAGCGCCAAUCCAUGACCCAACAACCAGGAGUCAAUCUCAAGACCGAUCUCACGCUCAAACGCCUAACUUCUAGACUACUGAGCUGGUAUUUAAUAGUGUACAUGUCUAACUUCAAUCAAUAUCUUUGUUCAAUUUUAUUUUUUGUCUUGGGAAUAUACAUUUACAUUUGUUCAUCUGUCUAUCUAUUUAUUUUUAUUCUACAGGUAAGAAUCAAUGUAACUAAUCAUAAUCUUGCUAUAUUAAUUUAUUUAAUGCGAUUAGUUAAAGCAUUAAUUGAUAAUCCGCAUAUUUCACUGGAACCAUAUUUACAUUUACUUGUGCCUACAGUGAUCACAUGUGUACUUAAUCGUCAAUUAUGCGCUAAGCCAAUUACAGAUAAUCAUUGGGCAUUAAGAGAUUUUGCUGCUAAACAAUUAGUAACUUUAUGUAAUAGGCAUAAUACAUCUAGUAAUGAAUUAUAUGGUCGUGUUACCCGUGAACUUUCGCGUGCUUUAUGCAAUUGGAUUGAUGGCGGUAGUGCCUCUAAUAGUUCUACAGAAACUUGUAUGAAAUUAUCAAAUCCUAAUGUACCAAUAAUUGUUAAAAGUGAGCUAUCAAAAUAUACGGAUGAUGAAAAGUCGGAUGAAACGAAACUAUGUAAAUAUGAAAAUGAUCAUUUAACCAAUUCACUUACAAAUACAACAUUGACUACAAUUACCACUACUACUAGUCAUAAUAAUAGUAGUAGUAUUAAUAGUACAACUGUUUAGGCAGUGCUAUACAUUCAAUGAAUACAUUAUAUGGUAUAAUUGUUGCAUUAGCUGAAUUCGGUGCACAAUGUUUACGAAUGAUGGUAUUUCCAUUAUUGUCUUCUUUAUGUCACCGUUUAACUAAAUUAACAGAAUCAAAUCUUACGUUAAAUGAAUUAAAUGAAUUGAAUACUUCAGGAAGUAAUGAUUUAAAGCCUACACAACAACAUCCAGUGCUUUCGUUAAGUUUAGGCGUAAAACUUUUACCAGUUGAUCAACGUUCAUUUGAUUUUCUUAAAGUUAUGAUGACGAAUCGUAUUGCUCCCUUACUUCAUGAUUGGCGUAUACGUCAAGGAUUUGGUGUUACAUUGGAAGAUUAUCGCGCCUCCUAUGAAUGUAUGGCUGAAUGCCUCUUUGUUAUGAAUCAAAGCAAUACUAAUACUAUUACCAAUACUAAUACUACUACUAAUAUUAAUAGUAAUAGUUUAAAUACUAAUAUAAUAUCAACUACCAGUACUACUACUAAUACUACUGCCACCACUACUAAUACUAAUACUAAUACUUCAUCUACUCAACUUGUUGUCAGCAAUCCAGUUCACAAUCCAACAACUAGUAAUGGGACUGUCAUGAUCAGUAGUAUUAGUAGUAGUGCUCCAGUGAAUAAUCCUA